UCCGGUCCUGGGCAGAGGGGAGCCUGGAGGAUACUUCACCCAGAGCCUAAUCUACACAGCCAGUCCUCCACACACAGGUUACGGAGCCGACAAAGACCUAAAUGUGAGAGGAGAUAUGAAGAACAGUCUUGUCUCCAGGUCCAGAUGUGGCUUUUGCCUGCUUCAAUGUGUCCUGGGAGGACAUGGUGUUUGGGAGGCAGUGCCAUGUCUUUCUGACCGGACUCAUCCUGGACUCCAUAAGACUAGAGGACUCCAAGGACUGCACUCUCAAGAUAACCAACCUGGUCUAUUUCCUCUGGACAGGACAGGUGAAGGCUGAGGACUUUGUCUCUGAGCUGUUCAGAAUCAUUUGUUCUGAGAGAUGGGAGAAGAGCAGAGAGCAGCUGCUCCUGCAGUGGUUGGAGUUCUCCCUUCCUCGAGCCCAGCGCUACUCUGACUGUCUGGAGCAGCUGGACAGAGGACACUGUCGUACAGUCAGUCUGUUUCCUUAAGACGACAGACCCAGUGUCCCCCCACCUCAACACAGGCGACAGACCCAGUGUCCCCCCCCACCUCAACACAGACGACAGACCCAGUGUCCCCCCCCACCUCAACACAGACGACAGACCCAGUGUUCCCCCCCAGCCUCAACACAGGCGACAGACCCAGUGCCUCCCCCCUCCUCAACAGACUACAGACCCAGUGCCCCCCCCCCUCCUCAACACAGACUAGACCCAGUGUCCCCCCACCUCAACACAGACUACAGACCCAGUGUGUCCCCCACCUCAACACAG